AUGUUAACCCAAUUUAUUAGUGCUCUGAGAUAUAUUGCUAAUGACUUUGAAUUAUUUUCUGAUCAUUUUAAACAAACAUCCUUGGUUACAACAGAACUUUUUAGUAAUAUAACUGACCUUCAAAUAUUAAUGUCUAAAGAUGGAAUUCAAGAAGAACAGUUAUUUUCACGACUUCAUUCACUUAAUCAACACUUAUCUGUUAUGACACCUAAUUUCUUUCUUGAUUUCUUUAAGACAUUUGAAAUAUUCUUUAGUCUUGGAAAUACAUUUUUCAGUGACAAUCCUUUUAUUUCUGAUUUAGAAAAAUUGGUUCAAGAAUCUAUUGAUUCAUCUAAAGCUAUUGGGAAUUUUAUUCCUUAUACUGGAAGAACAAUUAAAGAGAUAUUAAUAUCAGAAAAUAGAACUAUGGACCAACUUCCAAAAGCACUUGUAAUUAUUUUUGAAUGUAUGUAUAAUAAAGGAUGUUUUUGUAAAGGAAUAUUUCGUGAGAGUUCUAAUGCAUCAAUAAGACAAAUAGAAGAAUUAUGUAUGAGAAUGAGUGUAACAAAUUUUAAUGAAAUACCAUGUGAUGUUGUUGCAAGUGUGUUUAAGAAAUUUCUCAGAAAUUUACCUAUUCACAUUUUUGAUAGAACAACUACAAAGAAGAUAUUUCAAAGAUGGAUUGAAAUUAUUGAUACUCAAACAGACUCAAAGCUAAUAGUUAAUGAAAUUAAAGAAUUAAUUCAAUGUCUUCCUCCUGAACAUAUGACAGUAUUUAAAGAAACAAUGAAAUUGUGUUAUAAAAUUGUUUGUCAUUCAGAAAUUAAUGCAAUGAAUGCAAAAAAUCUCUCUGUUUGUUUAUCAACAAAUCUCAUGACUUUAAGUGAAUUCGACCAACUUCCAUUAAAUGGUGAUUCAAAGAAUGAAUAUUCGUUGUGUAUUGAUUUUAUUCGAUUUUGUAUUUUGUCAUUCACUAGUUUGUUUCCUCAAGACAUUGAUCCUGUAGUAACAAAACGAGCAAACUUCUUAGGAGAAAGAAAACCUCAACAAAUAAAUUGUUCUACUCUAACUCAGUCUCCAUCAACGGAAACUCCAAUUCAAGCACCUAACUCAAAUACUUUAGCAAUGAAAAUACCAGAGAAACAAGAAAUUAAUAAUACUAUUAAUAUUAUUCCUGUUGAUAAAACACCAGAAACUACUAAUUCAAUGGCAGAUUUUAUGAUUCAACAAAGAACAAAAAAACCUCAAAAUAGAUUGUCUAAUAAACUUUUUAACCAAAUAGAAGUUAAUGAAAAUGGUUCACUUGUACAUACCCAAAUCCGAAAAAAUAAAAAAAUAUCUGAUGAUAAAGUUACUCCUAUUUCUAUGAAAAAUUUAUUUGAUAAUACUCAAGUUCAAGAAAUAACAGAGCCUAAUAAGUCUAAUGAUAAUACAUCUAUAAAUGAAAUGUCAACAACUACACCAAUAAACUCUGAACCAAGUCAAGACACAAAACAAAAAAUAGAUAUAGCAGAACAUCAAUUCUCAAGACAAAGUACUUUAACUACUCAAAGAACACAACUCUUUGCUCCAAGAGUUAGUAAAGUUGUUUUUGGACAACGGAACACUUUAGGGUCAAUCCGUGUAACUAAUGAACAACAACUUAAAGAAAGAAUAUCAGGUGUUGAACAAGAAGACCAAAGUGUAAAUAAUAAGCAAUUAUCACCAUUAAUAACUUGUACAAAUCAAUCAAAAAGACCUGGUUCUUUUAUUUCAAAAAGGACUGGAUUUACUUGUGACUCUAGAAGUACUAUUCAAUUAAGCACUGAGUCACAAAAAAGUACAAAAGAAGAAAUUCAAUCAGUAAAUCAUCCUAAUGAAAUAAUUGGUUUUAAGAAUAAAGAGACACUUCAACAAACAGAAGGUAGUAAUCAAACACCAAUACAAAUAACUGUCCUUCCUUAUAUUCCUAUUUCACCAAAACAACCAGGAUUAAGUUCAAGCAGAGUCACUUCCAGGUUUAUAAAUAAGAAAGAAGAAGCAAAUAGACUAACAGUAGGAACAGAAUUUCCAGAAAAAGAAUUGUCUCAUGAAGGUAUUGAAACAAUGAUUCUUGGUGAACAAGAGCAAAAUGAUUUAGAUAAAUUUAAGGAAGUGACUCAAAAAGCUAUGGAUGAUGAAAAAAUUCAACAUAUACAAGAAGAACGUGAGAAACAAAAACAAUUAGAAAAAGGUUUAUGUAAAACAAAUAAUAUAACAAAUGAGGUAGUAGAAGAAAGAGUAAAAAUUCAAUAUAGUGGUAUUUUAGAAGAGAAAGACUGUGAUAAAGUAAAUGAAAUAUAUGAAUACUAA